AGACCCGCAAAAUGGAAUGUCAUGAAUCAAAUCUUUGUCUUAUUAAAUAGAUGAGUCUACAAUAUACUAAAAAUAUAGAUACUGGAAAGAUUUCACAAGGUGGAGUGUCUCGUGAAACAAAUCUUUGUCUUAUUAAAUAAAUAAGUCUAGGGGUCUUAUUAAUCUUUUCUUUAUUUGUGUAGGGGUCUUAUUAAUCUUUUCUUUGUUUUUAGUAUAUUGUAGACUCGUCUAUUUAGUAAAGCAGAGAUUUGAUUUAUAUAUCCCACCUUGCAUAACUAAGUGUUAAUAUUUUGUUAUCUAUAUUUUCUCUAAUUGCACUAAUUCUCUGCUUUAAGAACAUAAAAAUUAUAUGAGAAAAUAAUUUGUGUUUUUAAAGCACAGAAUUUGUGUAAUUAGAGAAUAUUUAUUCAUACACAUUUCAAAUUCGUAUACUUUUUGCAUACGCAUAUGGUCACAGCUCAUGAACAAUUCGUUAAAUUGCAUUGGUAUGACAGAUUUUCUAACCUCAAUAAUCAACUUUAAUGCUUGAUAUCUUAGUUCACAGGACAGUGCGACAAUUUUUUCAGCUAGCUUUUUUCGUUUCGUACAAAAACGUGCGAAUGAGCCUAAUUUCAUCAAAAUUGGAAGUAAUGAGGGUGUCUUGGAUAAUUACUAUUUUAUAUUUCAAUUAAUUAUAUAAUUAGGUUUUAUAUUUUAAAUCUAAAGUUACUACUAAAUUCUGGAAAAUAUGCAUGCGACUCGCGGUGACACAUCCGAGAGACGAUUUGAGAUACAAUGCGAACUAGAGUCGGAGAUCACCGCUUUGGAGGCUCUGAAAGAGGCGGAAGAACGCAGCCGACGAUUGACGAGCGGAGUAAUAGGGAUACUCUCUUCGUUGGAGGACCGUUUAGCUACGCUGCGCCGUACGAUACUUCCUGUUUACAACGAGACUGGAAAUCUCCAGGCUCAACAACACAACAUAGAGAAGACCUUAAGCGUGCUAGAUCAUGCUAUUGGAUACUACGGUGUAUGUCAAGAAGUUGAAGCCGUAGUGCGCGCCGAGCCGAGUGGGCCUAGUGGUCUGGAUGGCUUUCUCGAGGCUAUGAAUCGAUUGUAUAACGCUCAGCGAUACUUUCAGAAGAACAAUCCCAGCUCCGUCGAGUUGCAAAACGUCACAGGUCUUUUUUCAAUCGGCCUAGAAUCGCUUUACGCUGAGUUCCAUGAUAUUCUCAAUCGUCAAAGUAGACCCAUCUUGCCUAUCGUGCUUUUGGAUUUGAUCGGCUCCGAUGAAGAUACCAGUAGCGAAGACGCGCCGCAGUCCCUGUGCCAAUUGCCCGAAAGCGUUAUGAGCGAUUUACUAAAGAUUGCCGGAUGGCUGGAAGAGAGAGGCCAUCGUAGACACACAAAAAUCUACGCCUCUGUACGUUCCGCCAUUGUCUUGAGAUCUCUGCUACUGCUCAAAGAACAUCAGAGGAGUGCCAGCGGUGGUAGCACUCAUGGUGGAAGUCCAAUGCCUCGAGCAAAAUUUGCUAACCGUCACUCUCUGGAUGGUCAAGAGAAUGCGGGACGCAAAGCAUCGCGGCGACUGCAGCACGCAUUGGACAAAGCUAAUAAAAUGCUUUUAAAAGCGUCACAAACGACGAGGCUGAACCUGGCACUAAAUUCAGUAUCCAGGAAACCAACGCUACAACUCGCCCCGUAUUCGAUGGAAGAUGCGGCGCCCGAUGAACAGGAAAUGGACAAUUACCUUUUGUUAGCGGCUGGUCUGCAUAAGCUCAUACAAGCUGAGCGCGCGCUGGUCGCCAAGAUCCUGCCCACUUCCCUGCAAGCGCAGGUACUCGAAGCUACCGUGCGUGAUGCGAUGGAUCUGGUGGCGCACGAUGGCGACAGCAUAGCCACGCGCGCUAAGCGCUGUAUUACGAGACGCGACUUUUCUGCCGUUCUCGUGGUUUUUCCGAUUCUGAAGCAUCUCGGUGAACUAAAGCCCGAUCUUGAAAGAACAGUCGAAGGUUGCGAUUACGCUCUCCGUUCCAAGUUUGCAUCUGUGCUCGACACAUUACACACGACCGGUGCUAAAGCUUUGGAAGAGUUUGCAGAAAGUGUGAGAAAUGAGUCCGGUGCAGGUUUGCCAAAGGACGGUACCGUGGCGGAAGGAACUAGCAAUGUUUUGGUCUUUCUAGAACAAUUGGCUGAAUACGCGGAUAUGGCCGGUGCUGUUCUUCGACGCAAUCUUUUCACAGAUCAGUCCGCGUUAUACUCAAAAGAUCCGGAAAAUGUACAUAAAAUGGUUCUUGGUAUAUACAUCAAAAAGGUUCUUGCUCAAUUGAAUUUGGCGUUAGUGAGUAAAAGCGAUGCAUCUUACUCCGAUCUUGCUUUACGAGCUUUAUUUCGACUGAAUAACCAUAAUUACGUGGUCAAUGCUCUCUGUCGAAGUUCUCUUAUGGAGCUGCUCCUGCUGGCCGAACCAAGUGCGGCACAAACAUAUCAUGAUUUACUUCUCAAAGACAAAACUAAUUACGUUACUACGACAUUUGCCAAGGCCCGAUCUUACCUUGCAGACGAACCAGAUCUCGCCGCCAAGACAUUGAAGGAGAAGUUUCUGAAUUUUGCGCGAGAAUUUGAAGAAGUGGCCAAAUGUCAACGCUCCUAUUCAGUGCCAGACAGAUGCCUGCGUGAGGAGCUGAAGAAAGAGUUGCACGAGGCACUUGUACCGCCAUACACCGUGUUCCACAAUAAAUAUCGCGACACAUCAUUUUCGAAGAAUCCGGCGAAGUAUAUCAAAUACACGCCCGAUCAAAUAUCUGCACUAAUCAACAUGUUUUUUGAUACGGCCGCGUAAUGUAUAAUGUCUUCCCAUACGGCACAAGAUCUUGUAAAAAACUUUUUAAAAUAUAUAUACAAUAUAAUUUUAGUAAUAUUGCAGCAAUAUAUUAAACACAUUAUGAAAUUAUUAAGAUUUUAUGUAUGAAUAUUUCUAUACUCGUGCAUAUUUUCAUACUCAUAUUCAAGCUGAUGAGUAAUUUCAUAUAAAAAUCUUGUAUUUAAGCUUAGUUUAUUAUGAUUAAUUAUAUUGAUUUAUUUUUAGAAAUGCUAAAUAGUUACAAUGUUUACAAUUAAAGAAAUUUUUCAAACCAAAGUACAAUUUAAUUUUAUAAUUUUACUUUCACAUCAAAAAUUUAAUGUUAAAAUGCGCAGUUUGAAAAAUCUUGUAAAUGUUUGUAAAUUCACUUGGAAAAUGUUUAAACAUUUUCCAAAGUUAUACACGGUUUAACGAUCUACUUUCUGGCCUUUGUUAUUUAAAUGUGUUUCAUAUUAAAAUUUUAUGUAAUUUUAAAAUGUUCUAAAAAAAUUAAAAUUUUUAAAUCUCGAACAAUCUGUAGGACAUAUAUACAAAAACAAUUAAGAAAACAAUUAUAUAAAUUUGCAUUUGCGCUUGCAUUAAUAAUAAAUUAGCAAAUGUUGACAAUAAUAAACCUAGCCCUGAUGACUUUGACAUAUAUUGUCAAAGUCAUAAUCCUGAGAGCAGUCAUAAACCUUUAGACAGUUUUAACCGUUGUUUGUUAUUCGUUAAAAAGUUAUCAUAAAAAAAUUAAAAAUUUAGUGUAUCCCUGGCGAAAAAAUUUCUACACAAAAAGAAAUGUUACAAAGUCUACAAAACAAUGCUAAUAUUGUAACACUUUUGUUACUUAGUAAAUAAAUACAUAAUUCUAAGAAAAAAUAAAUAUCUUUAAGAAAGAAUAAAUAUUUCUACGACAAAAGACUAAUAAAUUAUAUAAAAUUAUACUUUUAGUAGAACUUUAUUUUUUUUAUAAAAGAUUUUUUUGCCAGAGUAAGCUAUUUAGAAUGUUAUAGUUCAUUAUAAUUUAACCGAGUUAGUAAGUUUACCGAGAAAUUUGUAGAAAUCCCAGAAAUGCACUCGUAUAAAUUUUUGUAACAUUUCUUAAAGUGUAGAAUUGUUUCCGCCCAGGAUUGUUUGAACUUUACUUAUAGUAUAAAUACAGGGUCCGAUUAAGGGGAAAUUUCGGUUUUUCGAGUAAAAAAAAUCGAUUUUUUUUACGGAAUAUUUUAGUUUAACAUCUUAAGAAUAUUUCCAGAAAAUUUUAUUUCAAAAUUCAUAAAACUUUUAGAGUUAUGAGUUGGUCUUUACUGACCCGAACGCAGGUUUUGAUGAAUUCGAUCAUAAACCGCCACUACAUGAAGAUGUUCAGCAAGCCAUAAAGCCAAUUUUUGAAGAUUUAUUAUCAAGAGAAUUGUUAAAAAAAUGUUUGGACGGUGAAACUCAAAAUAAUAACGAGAGCUUUUACUCCACCUGCGAUUUGCAACUAAACACCUUUAUUGUGAAUCAGAAAUAAUUGAAAUCGCGGUUUAUUUAGCAACCGGAAUUUUUAAUGAAGAUUUUUGUGCUAUUCUUAAAACUACGACAACGAUAGGAAGAGUUAUAGGAGAAAAAGCCAAAAUAUAUUCCGAAGAGCGAGAUCAGUACCGGGUUGAAAGAUCAGCGCGAUGAAACCUCGAAGCUCCAAAAGGAGCUUGGACAAAGCAUUGAAUCAAACAAAUGGCUCAAAACCAAUUCUACAAAGAAGAGGAAGAACUACUAUAUGGCCCUGGAAUAGCUGAGUAACAGAAAGUUAUACUACCUGGAAGAUCAAUACCGUGCACAUUAGUACAUGAAGAAUUUUGCACAGCGUUAUAUUUAAUUAUAUAUAGCUUCUGUAUUUAUAAUUAAAAAUUAACAAAAAAACUGUAUGUUUUUAAAAGAUGGAUAAAAACAUAGUGCAAAUUUUAAAUUAAUUGAAUAGUUUCGGAAAAAGAAUUCCUAAAUUUUCCUAUGUUUUUGCAAAAAAAAUCGGAAUUCCUCCUUAAGAAACUUUGGGCUUUAAACGCUAAAAAUUUUCGGAUUUAUUGAAAAAAUACGAACCACCAGAAAAUAUUUUUAUAAAUUUAUUUAUGUGUUAAUAAAGUAAACACAAAAACUCAUAAUACAAAGUUAAAAAAAUAGUAAAAAUAGUUAUAUUUAAUCAAAUUAAAUUUUUUUUUGCUUUCUUUAGUUUAAGUUUUUUAUAAUAACAUUACAGUCAAUAUUGUCCACAUAUACUUUUGCUCUCUGUAACAAAAAAAAACAUCGGGUCGUCAAUCAGCGAGUACGUAAACCGCAGCGCCGGACUAUCGCAGAGACCAGACUUGAAGCGUCCGCUUUGUACGUCUCGUGUAUAAUCGCACAGCAUAAAUAACAUAUUAUUUAUAUACUUGUAUUGUGGACAUGACGGGUUCCCGCCCUCUCUACUCGAGAAAACCCGAAAGAUAUAAAUUAACCAACAUCAAAUUUUUGUCGUGAUCAGGUUGUUAUUGAUCACAUACCUUAUUCAAAAUAGUAGAAGAAGUUGACCUUGUAAUUUAUAGAAUGUCUUAGACUGUAUUCUGCAAUUAAUUGCAAACACUAAAAAUCUAUAGUUCAUGUUACAUAUACUAUAGAUUUUCAGUAUUUUACGCACAGAUAUCUAUACUAAACCUAGAUCGCUGGUUCGGCUGAAUAGUUGUGUCCGACAGGUUUUCCGGAUUCGGCUAUCUUACCCAACAACAAAAUGGCUCCGACGCAUGUAUUAGUGCGUAUGUAUUGUCAGUUGAGCCGGUUGAAAAAGAAAAAAGAAUGAAUGUAUAUAUGUUUGUAACAUUCGAGUUUUAUGACAUUCUAAGAUUAUAUUUCAAAUAAGCAUUACAUACACGUUUUAGAUUUUCUUUAAAUUGGUCUGGAAAUAUUGUAAAUGUGGAUUGACGCAAUUGGAAAAGAAGGUUUUCAACCAACCAAAAAUCAACUUAUUUGCAGUGCGCAUUUUAAAGCUGAGGGCUAUAUGGACAGACCAAGCAUAAGCGGUGUCUUGGUAUAUUUUCUAAAGUUUCUGCUUCUACAUUCAUACCUACAAGCGGUAAUUUUGUUGUAGGUAACAUGGUUGAAACCAGAAGUUCUUCCUG